GUAUUGAAAUAUUUAGCUAUAUCUAUUUAGAAUAGUGUUAUUUGGCAUACACAGUUACCAUUUUCAUUAUAUUUAUUAAACAUUAAAAGCGUUUCACUGAUUGAUUGAUAUUGACUGGCAGUUAGAAUGGCAAUAGACCGAGUAAUUACAAAUUGUAUCUUUUCGAAUAUUUCAUGUUUUAAACACUCUUUAUUAUGGUUAUUGCGAAACAGUCGCUGUCCAGAAUGGACACCUUUCAAAUUUUUCUGUUAGUUUCCAUGGGGCCGAUCGUACUUCGGGGACAUGUGGAGUUUAAUAAUGUGCACUGCCUGGUACGGGACAGAAAGUUCAUGGACUUCGAAUAUUGCUACCUAAAGUCGGUCAAUCGCUCCUACAAGUACCUUUCGUUAAAAACCAAAUUUUUCCAGCUACCCAUCGAGACUUGCGUGACCAAGUUUCAGUUGAGGAUGCGCGAUAACAAGCGGAUCCUGUACAACUUUGACAUCAAGGUGGAUGCCUGCAAGUUCCUCCGGGACCCCGAUAAGCACGUACUGGCCAACUGGGUCUACCAGACUUUCGCGCCCUUCUCGAACAUGAACCACACCUGUCCCUACACAGUGACAAGACGUCGUGAUCGACAGGUUACCAGUGCAUCACGUGAACAAGCUGGUCCAGACGAUCAUCCCCGAUGGCAGAUACUUCAUGAACACCACCUGGGUAACUGAUGGAAUCACUCGCGCCGACGUCGUUCUCUACAUAACCAAAGCCUGAGCACACCAUACUUUACCACUGAUCGAAAUACAUAUGUAGAUAUGAACCAAGAAAUCUUUGAUACACAGGAGACAAUUCGGAAGAUUUCCAUUAAGUUGGUUGCCUUCAUGCAUUAUAUGUAUUAUCUUUAAAGCAGGCAAUCAAACCGAAUCUGGUUUUGGCACAGGGUUCGUGCCGAUACGAACCGGUUCUUAAAAAAAUUUUUUAAAAUAUUUAUAUUGACUUGUCUAGCAAUGCAAAUUAGGAAUAUAUAUGGUUUCUCCAUCAAUGAGUUUUGAACUUCUGACCAAAGUGCAUUAAUCAAGUUUUUGGUACAAUCAAAUUGGUUGAUAAUCUCUAACUAAAAGAUUGUAACUAAGCCAAACCGGUAAAAAGCAAUCGGGUACCGGUUCCAGAUAUUGAAUCAUUUUAUUCCGGUUAAACAUAAACACUAUGUACCAUCUUUAAGGUAUUUUCUCAAUUCCUCAGAUUCCUUAGAA